UAUGACCAAACAUCUGAAUGAAUGGUAAGACCUUCGUUCUCCGUCUCCAUAAAUAAACCUCUUGCCCCUUCCGCACAAAAAACAAAAUUAAUAAGCUGAUUGUUCAAAGCCCAGACCAGGGUAGAAAGCUUUACCCCCUUUCUCAAAAUGAUGACUAAAAAUACAGCAACCUUGCUUAUCCUUUUCUGCCUCCAACUCUUAGCCUGUUUCUUUCCAUGCAAUGGUGGGCAGGAUGGAAGUGAUCAUCAGAUCAAAGGGAUGUUUGUUUUCGGAAGCUCUUUGGUUGACAAUGGCAACAACAACUACCUUCAAUACUCGACGGCUAAGGCUGAUUUCUUACCAUAUGGGAUAGACUUCCCCAAUGGACCUUCUGGCAGGUUCACAAAUGGGAAAAACGUCAUUGACCUUCUCGGUGAGAAGCUUAGGCUUUCUUCUCUUAUCCCUACCUUUUCUGACCCUUCAACCAAGGGAAGAAAAGUUGUCGAUGGUGUCAACUUUGCCUCUGGUGCCUCCGGUAUAUUAGAUGACACUGGUUUUCUUGCGCGCCAAGUAAUCACUCUGAACCAACAAAUCAGGAACUUUGAGGAGGUCACAUUGCCAGAACUGGAAAAACAGGUGUGCUGCGGAAGCAGGGAAUUGCUUCCCAACUACCUGUUUGUUGUGGGAGCUGGGGGGAACGACUAUUCAUUCAACUACUUCGUUAGGAAAUCCCACAACAUUGUCAGCCUUGAAGCCUUUACUGCCAAUCUCACCGACUCACUUUCCCAGCAACUCAAGAAAUUGUACAAUUUAGGAGCAAGGAAAUUUGUAUUGAUGUCAGUAAAUCCACUGGGCUGUACUCCUAUGGUUACAGCAGUGCUUAAGGGCAGGUGCAUUACAGCUCUUAACCAUGCAGCUACUCUCUUCAAUGAUGGGUUGAAGUCACUGGUUGAUGUCGCCAAAGCCGAAAUGCCAUCUGCUAAUAUUGUUUUUGUCAACUCAUACAAGAUUAUAAGGGAUAUCAUCAAUAACCCUGCCUCUAAAGGUUUCAGCAAUGCUGACAAUGCUUGUUGUGAAGUGGUGCCAUCGAGCCUAUUAGGAGGCAGUGGAGUUUUGUGCAAGGAAGGUGGGAAGGUAUGUGAUGACAGGAGUGCUCAUGUGUUCUUUGAUGGGCUGCAUCCAACAGAAGCAGUAAAUAUUGAAAUAGCAACCAAGGCAUUUACUUCUUAUCUUCACACUGAAGUUUAUCCCAUGAAUGUCCACCAACUUGCCAAACUAUAGAUUUUUAAGCUCUAUUACGAUGACAUUCUAGAUGUAAUGGAUCAUUUUCUCAACGCUUUAGCCUAAAAUAAAGUUGCGGUUAAGUCUAUGUAA